UGAGAGAGUGAGUAAAUUCCAUAGAAGUGUUGUUAAACCUUUUUAUGGUAUAAGAGCACAGGAAAUAAUCUUCUACACAUUCCCUUCUACUCUCAAUGGCCUCCUUGACAAAUUCUACUUCCCUUACUAUUACUACCAUUGCCCAAAUCUCUGCCAUGGUUAGUGAAAAACUGACUGCAAAGAACUACCUCUCAUGGCAAGAUCAGAUCCUUCCACUGAUUGAAGGAAUUUCCAUGGGGGAUCACGUUCUCUUUGACUCAAAGGCCCCUAAAGCUACAAGGUUGUCCUCAGAUGGCAAGGAAGAACAAAAUCCUCUAUUGGCAAUUUGGUUGCAAGAAGAUAAGCUAGUCAAGAGCUUGAUCAUUGCAACAUUAUCCCCUGCAGUUCGAAACUUUACGGUCGGACUCAAAUCUGCUAGAGAAGUAUGGAAGGCCUUGGAGGAGCGCUUUGCAAACUCCUCUAAAGCAAGGGCUCGAGAUCUUUUACGACAACUACGAGAGGUCAAAAGAGAUGAACAUCCUACACUUGAGGCAUAUCUACAAGAGAUAAAUAUGAUUAGCAAUGAGCUUGCUACCAUUAAAGAGCCACUUGAUGAUGGUGAAAAAGUAUACUGGUCUCUAAAUGGUCUUGGUGAUAAAUAUGAUAGCUUUGUCACACCAAUGCAGAUCUGCAACAAGCCUGGACAUAAAGCAUUACGCUGCUAUGAAAGAUUUAAUCAUGCAUAUCAAGAGGAAGACAUCCCAAAGGCAGUCGUUGCAUUCUCAACAACAGAUUCACAAGAUCUAGAUUGGGUUCCUGAUACUAGAGCCAUGUCUCAUCGCACCAAUGAUCUAGCUGAGCAAAAUGGCUCCGUAGAACGAAAACACCGCCAUAUCGUUGAAUGGGCCUUGACACUCUUAUUCCAUAGUCAUGCUCCUAAGAGGUUAUGGUUAGAAGCAGGGGAGCUCAACGAUUCUAGCCCAUGGCUAAACCUCACCAUGUAUUCAAAAGAUCAAAGCCCAGCAAAAAUUAUUUCAGAGUCUUCAUCUACAUCAAAGCCACAAGGAGAUCUAUCAGAAUCUCUUGCUAUUAAUGCUGAUAUUCAAGAACCUGCUCUACAAACUCGUACAACACAAUCUGCUUUACCACAAGAAGGAAACUUGCCACAAUCUGAGCAUCCUCACAAUCAGGCUCAAUCUUCUCAUCCAGCAAGACAUUUGCAAUUGAACACACAUCCAAUGACUACACGUGGAAAACUCAAGGCAGGCCUCAUACAUUUCAACUCACAACAAUUCUCCAUUCAUUGUGGGCCCAAGACACUCAAAACUGCCAUGUCUCACCUAGAUGGCAGCUUAGAAAGGUUGAAAGCUAGGCUUGUAGCUAAGGGAUUCAACCAACAAGCCGGCAUAGACUAUGAAGAAACCUUCAGUCUAGUUAUCAAGCCCCAAACAAUUCGCAUUGUGCUCACCAUUGCACUUGCAAAAGGAUGGACCAUCAAGCAAUUAGAUGUCCAAAAUGCCUUUUUACAUGGCUACUUAAAGGAACUAGUCUACAUCGAACAGCCACUUAGAUUCAAGGAUCCAACUCAUCUAGAUCAUGUAUGUCAACUCAACAGAGCACUUUAUGGUCUUAAACAAGCUCCUAGAGCCUGGUUUGAACAAUUCAGCCACUUCCUACUUCAACUUGGUUUUCUAUGUAGUCAUUGUGAUUCAUCUUUAUUCAUUCUUCAUCAUGCUCAAGGUACAAUCUAUCUUCUCCUAUAUGUUGAUGCUAUCAUUCUCACUGGUAGCAGCUCUAUUUUUCUUGAUGCUUUUAUCACAAAGUUAGGUACAGAAUUUUCAAUGAAGAAUUUGGGAAAUCUCUCAUAUUUUUUGGGAAUUCAAGUCUUCACUACCCCUUAUGGAUUAUCCGUAUCCCAGAAGAAAUAUGCCCAGGAGCUCCUUGAACGUGCAGGAAUGAUUAAUUGCAAAGCCAUAGCAACACCAAUGGUCGCUAAGUCCUUGGCACUUUCUCACACGAAGCCAUUCUCCAAUCCUUCACUCUUUCAAAGUUUGGUUGGAGCUUUACAGUAUCUAACAAUCACAAGGCCAAAACUUUCAUAUGCCAUUAAUACUGCAUGCCAAUCCAUGCACUCUCCUACUGUUGGAAGCUUUCAGUUAGUCAAAAGAAUAUUGAGAUAUGUGAAGGGAACAAUUGAUUAUGGCCUUCAUUUGCUUAAAGACUCUAGUCUUGACUUAUAUGGCUACUCCGAUGCCGAUUGGGCAAGUUGCAGUAUCACGCAACGUUCCAUUACAGGUUCUGCAGUAUUUCUUGGCUCUAACUUGGUAUCAUGGGGAGCAAAGAAACAAAACACAGUUGCCUGUUCGAGUGCUAAAGUUGAAUAUAGAGCACUUGCGUCCACCACAGCUGAACUUACAUGGCUUGCUUUUCUAUUGCGUGACCUUGGCAUUUGUCUCUCUCAGCCUUCAAUUCUAUUUUGUGAUAACAUCAGUGCCUUAUAUAUGUCAUAUAAUCCAGUAUUUCAUGCUCGGACGAAACAUAUUGAGAUUGAUUAUCACUUUGUCCGAGAAAAGGUCGCCUACGGCUCUCUUGUCACUAAAUUUGGGUUAGUUCUAAGAACAAUUGCUGGCCUGGAUUCUGCCUUCUCUUUGUCCAAACGGACAAUCCCGCAAUGUCAACCAUUCGCUUCCUUUUUGAAACUUCAGUCCCUACUGUUGAUUGAAGAGGCAAACAAUCUUCAGGAAUCUUCAACCAGUCCUUUGAUGCAAGGUUCCUCCAGUGCUUCUCAACUGCUGCAAAUCUCAAAUUCUCCUUCAAAUUCACAAGUGUUUUAUGCUGGAAAUCCAAACAGGGGUCGUGGUUUUGGUCGAUCGAAUAAUCAAGGAGGUCGGUUUACCCGAGGUCGUGUUAACAGAGGAGGCGGCAGAUCUCAGUGGAACAAUUGGCCAAACUUCCAUGGAUAUUUUGGUCCUGGCUUCGGUCGAGGUUCAGGCGGAGCAUCGUCGUUUCCUAGUCCUGGGUUUUCUGGGCACUCUGCUUCUGGUGACAGGUUUCCUACUUAUGGUUUUGAUAAGGGAUUUACCGGCAACAAUUUUCCGACUCGGGCUCCUCACCAAAAUCUUGAUGGAUCUCGAGCUUUACCUCCUUUGUUGCCCACGCCACAGUCCAUUCCAUGUUAUGUCAAUGGUGCAACCAAUUGGGCCAUCUAGCCCAUGAUUGUCCAAUGUUGGCUUUGUAGCAUUUUCAAGCUAAGCAUUAUGACAUGUAGGAAGGUCAAUUUUGUAUCUAUAUGGGUUAAGAUUUCUUUUCAUUAUACAGCCUGCAAAAUGUCUAAAUGAGGUUGUGUGAGUAAUGAUGCAUUUUAUCUUAGUUAUUAAAUUAGAGUUAUAUAGCGUUACACAUAGAGAUUGAAAUAGAGCCGUAGAGUGUGAUAUGUGAUGUGUAUUCUUAUUAUAGGAAUUUCCUAAUAAUAUGUUAAAGUCUUUUUGAAUAAAAUUUCUUAUUUGUU